GUGCCGGAGGUCGCCGGCGCCGUUUUCCCACGUGCGGCGUGUACCUGAGAGCAUCAUGUUGUGAGGAGAUGGGGGCGUCAGUGACGCGCGCGAUCAGGAAUUUCAACCUGGAGAACCGCGCGGAACGGGAAAUCAGCAGGAUGAAGCCCACUCCCGCUCCCAGGCACCCCUCCACCAACAGUCUCCUGCGGGAGCAGAUGAGCCGCCAUCCAGAAAUUAAGGGAGAAAUUGGUAGAAAAGACGACAAACUGCUGUCAUUACUAAAAGAUGUGUAUGUCAAGUCUAAAGAUCCUUUGUCUUCCGUGCAGGUAAAAGAUGCUGGAACACGGCAGGAGCCAAAGGAGUUCAGAUUGCCCAAAGGCCAUCACUUUGACAUGCUGAAUGUUAAGAACAUUCCCAAAGGCAAAAUUUCUGUUGCAGAAGCAUUGACACUUCUCAAUAAUCAUAAACUUUAUCCAGAAACGUGGACUGCUGAGAAAAUAGCACAAGAAUACUAUCUAGAACAGAAAGAUGUAAAUUCCCUUCUCAAAUAUUUUGUUACUUUUGAAGUAAAAAUCUUCCCUCCUGAAGACAAGAAAGCAAUACAAUCAAAAUGAAGAAAAUCUUGACAUUACUUGUUCUCUAUGUACUUCCCAUCCCCAUGCCCUGGUUAUGUUCUUAUUUUUAGCAUAUUAAAUUAUAUAAAUUACUGAAUGUUUAAAAUGCC